AUGUUAGACAAGUAUCCUCCUUAUGGUGUUUUUAAGGUUGUUGCGGUAGGAGAUGGAGCAGUUGGUAAAACAACACUAUUAAUACGGUAUACUUCUGGAGAUUAUCCAAAUGAUUAUAUUCCAACUGUGUUUGACAAUCACAAUAUCAGUGUAAAAGUUGAAGACAAGACUUAUUCAAUCGGUCUAUGGGAUACUGCUGGUCCUGAAGGUAAAUUGCGUCCAUUGUCCUACCCAGGGACAUCUUUGUUCUUAGUGAACUUUAGUUGUGUGUCAGAGGCUUCAUUUUUCAAUGUUGUCACCAAAUGGCUUCCAGAAAUCAGACACCACUGUCCUGACACUCCUGUGGCAUUAGUGAAUACCAAGAUUGACUAUCGUACUGAUUCAAUUCUUAAUAAGGAGUUCAUUCUUAAAUAUGAAGAAAAACCAAUCACAUUCGAACAAGGAGAGUUGAUGGCCAAAAAGAUGGGUUGUGCCACUUAUAUUGAAACUAGCUCCAAAACAGGAUAUGGCAUUGAUGAUUUGAGUAGUGUCAUUUUGAGAACAAUUGCCGUCACCAGAGAUGACAAUUAUUGUAGUAAAGUUCGUCCACAAAAGAAAUGUUUAGUGCAAUAA